AUGGAACAAGAAGUGCUUCAGAGUGCUUCUCCUCCUCUUCCUUUUCCAUUUCAAUCUACCUACCAGUUAUCGCUUCCUACCUUCCCCGCUUCAGCGUCUGCGAAUUUGUGCGCGCCACUGGUCGCAUUCGCAUGUGACAGCAUCACCAGACUGAUCCAGCACCACACAAGCAGCACAAACAACACUACGGAGCAUUGGGAGUUGCACAAUACCCAACACUACGUGCUCCGCUACAUACGCCUACAAAGCACAGGCUCUUGCCUAUCUAUUACACCGUCUUCUCGAGACUAG